GCAGUUUCGCAGAACUAGUGUGUGGCUGCGCUGCAGCAUGCUGCUUCGUUUAUAUUUUGUAUUUAUAACCGUUUUUGCUGAUCUUAAUAUACCUAAUUGUCAUAAAUGGUAUUAUAGCAAGCCUGCUUGUAGUAAUCAUCCUGACGGAUAUAGGUGUACUUGCGGUCCAGGAUUUUUAUGGAAUACUCAUAUAUGCGUUGCAGAGGGUCUAAAUUCUGCGUUUGAAUUCCAUCCAACGAACGACAGCAAAUUCGUCUUAUUAAAUGACAAGCAGUUUCCUGAUUUAAGAGCUUUCACUCUUUCUUUAUGGCUAAAACCGAAAUCAGGAACUGUGUUAUCAUAUAGUUCAAACCAAAAACCCAACCUCUUGACAAUAAGCAUCAGUGAAGCUAAUCAUCUUAAUCUUAAACUAGAUUCUAGUCUUUUCCAGAUAAGGAGAAGUUACAUUCCUAGUCAGAUAUGGUCACAUCUAGUCUGGACUUGGGAAGGGCGAAAUAAACACAAGGUAUACGUCAAUGGAAACCGUAUAGAAAUUAAAGGACAUGGAAAAGACUCAAGCCGUUCCGAAAUACCCGGAAAUGGGAGGCUUGUUCUCGGUCAACAGAGGGCCACAAAUGGUGCUAGAGCUGAUGAAGAGCAAUGGGUUAGAGAAAAAGAAUUUGUAGGGCAUGUUGCUUUUUUAAAUAUUUGGAAAAAAGUUCUCACUUUAGAAGAAAUUGUUCAAAUAAAAGAAGAUUGCAAAUUAAACUGGUGCGGGGAUGGAAUAGAAUGGGCAGAUCUAAGAUCUGGAACGAGAGGUCCUCUUCGUAUGAGAUGGCCGUCAGAUGUUCCGUUUUCAAACGACAUCUGUUUUAGCGGUAAAGAGCAAGCAGAUUCGUGUGAAAAAUUUUGUACCGUUACCGAAGGUGCCCAAUGCAAUGCCGAAAUAGCAGAAAAUAUUGAAUGGCCUAGAUCUAAAGCAAAUUUAACAUUAGUAAUGCCUUGUCCAGGGUUAAGUUAUCCUCUAGAUUAUACAAAUAAUAGUUAUCCAGAACAAGCUAAUUCAACCAGAGCAUGCGGCGUAGAGGGAACCUGGCAAAGCCCUAAUGUAUCAGCUUGUCUUUCAGGAGCAGUCAGUUUAUUCUUUAAAAACGUCUCCAACCCAACUAUAACCAGUAAUAAGGAGGAUUUGCCCAUCAAACUAUUACACGAAAUUCAUGACCUUAUUGAUGCUAGAUCUUAUUCUAAUCCUCUAGAUAUAUCAACGUUAGUAGAAUCAUUUGGAAAAAUAGUAGAGUUGCAAAGUAAAUCCGUUUAUGAUCCCACCUACACUAAACAUAUUAGAAGAAAAGACUCAUCGUAUCCAAAGUGGGAUCAAACAAUAGAAUUUUUUGAAUUGUCUGUAGAAAUAAUCAACAAAUUAACUGGAGAUCGAAACAGCGAAGGCUGGCAAGCGGCUCAACCAAUGGGAAUCGAAGGGGACUACUUGGCGAACACUCUGGAAUCAUUAGUUCAGCUAGCUGUAGAAUCGUUACUUUUUGAGAGGAGGGGAGAUGCAAGUAGAAGAAAACUCAGCGUUAAAUCAGACACUUUCACAAUAGAAUCAAACGUAUUAAAAAGGUCAUCGGACUUCGAAUAUUCAGAAUUGAAAGACAUCUUAUCAUGGAAUCUAAUAGAAAAUGAAGGCACUGUAAGAUUGAGUGCCAAUUACAGCGAUUCUGAAAAUUUGAUCGUUACAUUGGUGAAAGCUUCAUUUGGAAAUAUCUUACCCACUCAACGAGAAAAUAAAAAGAUGGACAAAAUUAAUUCGGCAGUAUUUGCCGCGUUUGCUCACCGUAAAAACAAACGAUUAAACUCUCCGAUUACAAUCGAUUUACAUCUGAAGUACCUGAACAAUUUCAAUAUUUCAGAACAAAAAUGCGUUAGAUUAAUGCAUGGUCCAUUUUGGCAUUGGACAGGAGCAAACUGUUCAUUAAAUUCCAAGAGAUCUUCAGUAAAUUAUGCACAUUGUGUUUGUUCAACAUCGGGCUGGUUUGCUGUAACAACUCAUAUGUUUAACGAUAAUUGGGUAAGGGAGGAGAAGCCCUUAGAGUUGCUUUUACUCCCGUCGUACAUUGGCUGUGCAGUAUCCACGACACUCUGUAUUCUAGCUUGCUUUCUGCACCGUUAUGUUAAAACAGCCUCUCAAACCGCUCUAAUUCACAAGAAUUUAGCAAUUUCAAUAGCAUUCAGCCAGUUAACCCUCAUGUUUAGUAUUGACAAACUAAAGUACGACACAAUUUGCAAGGCUUCCACCGUUUUACUUCAUUAUUUUUUUAUAUCGUCGUUUGCUUGGCUAAUGAAUGAAGCAUUUAAUUUAUACACAGUUAUUACAUAUGCGGCCCAUUCACACUCAGAAUCCUCUGCUGAAUCGAGCUCACAGUGGCGCUACUAUAUUCUUGGUUGGUUACUUCCGGCCGCUCUGGUUGGCGCCUUUAUUGGUACCUAUAAUAAAGAUUAUUACUCGUUAGAAAUGUGUUUUGUGGCUUGGAAGCAUAAAUGGCUUUGGAUAGGACCAGCAACAGCUAUGUUAGCAAUUACUGUUCUAGUUCUUAUUUUUACAGCUAAAGAGCAACACGAGAGCUCUUACAGUAAGAAUGAAAAGACGAAUAAAAGUAUAUUUAAUCAUUCAAAGGCAUUAUGGAGUCAAGUAAUUUUGCUAACCAUGUCAUGGUCAUUUGCUUUUAUAUCACUCAGAAUGGUUGGGGCUAUCGUGAAAUGGCUAUACGCACUUUUCAACUGUCUUCAAGGAGCUUUCUUUUUUAUAUUUUUCUCGGUUUUACACGACGAAGUUAGAACUUUCCUUAUCGCUAAGAAGAAACAACAUAAUCUUUCAAAGCAUGGUUACGAUUAUUCACCAACCCAAACGGACUCGGAUUUUUGUCAGCCUCCGGUUGCAUUGAUGGAUGUUGGAGUUCCAUCUGUCAGCUCCCCGACAGACUUUCAAUCGACAGACGAUGACGAAAGAGAAGGUUAUUCAACCUUAUCAAGACGUAAAAAUAUGUCGAAAAGUAGUGAAUCUGAAUGCGAAAUUAUGGUUACUAGUGUCUAA